AUGCCAGAAAAUGCCAUGUCAAGCUUUUUAUUCAAGCUUCUCAAAGGUCACAAGGGGAAGGAAUCGACAGAAACGCAAAGGACUAUCUAUGCAAACGCUCGCUGCGGGAAUAAACACGAAAAUUUCAAACAUGCGCAUAACAAAAUUAGAACAUCAAAGUACACAAUCAUAAGCUAUCUUCCCAUAAAUCUGUACGAACAAUUCACUCGUUUGGCCAACGCUUACUUCGCAAUUCUAAUCAUUCUUCAAUGUAUUCCCGUGAUUUCCUCCCUCGAGCCUAUUACCACCAUCAUUCCACUGGUGAUCGUCCUGGGCAUCACCGCCGUCAAAGAUGGCCUCGACGAUCUCAACCGACACCGCUCCGAUCGUUCCGUCAACAAUCGCAUCGUCGAAGUCCUCGAUCCGACAAAUAUGACCGAGGAAAAUCUCCUGACAAAGGAAAAAUGGAUGAAUAUAAGAACUGGCGAUAUUAUUAAAAUCAAGCAGGAUGAAUCCGUCACUGCUGACGUCCUUUUGCUCUCGACAAGCGACCCCCAUCACCUAGCUUAUAUUGAAACAGCAGAACUUGACGGAGAGACUAAUCUCAAGGUACGAAACGCAAUCCAAGCGACUGGAAAUCUAAUGGACCCGGAAACGGAUCCAGAUGGCCUCAGCUGCUACAAGCUCGCAGCUUUCGAUGGAAAGAUACUCUGCGAGCCACCAAAUAACCGACUAGACCACUUUGUCGGAACCCUUUCAUGGAGAAACGACUCGGGCAGACAGGAAAAACGUUUUCCACUGAGCAACGACAACAUUCUCCUGCGAGGAACGACGAUGAGGAACGUCGACUGGGCCUUUGGCGUUGUCAUUUUCGCUGGGCCAGACACGAAGCUAAUGCAAAACGCAGGCAAAACCUACUUUAAACGCACGUCUGUGGAUAAUUUUCUCAAUCGCUUAGUCGUUUACAUCGGUGGCGGAUUGAUCAUGCUGGCGGUAGUAUCCAUGGUCGGCCACAUCAUCUUUGAAAUGUACCACGGGGAUCAUUUCCAAGCAUUUCUCCCUUGGGAGUUCAUCGACGAGUGCGAGCGAAAAACGAACAUGACUCAGGAUCCUUGCGAAAAGGGAAUUCCCGAGCUGAUCAGUGGCUCGUUGAUUUUCUGGAGUUAUAUUAUCGUCUUAAACACCCUCGUUCCGAUCUCACUCUAUGUUUCUGUGGAAAUCAUUCGUCUCGGGCAGUCGUACUUCAUCAACUGGGAUCGGCAGAUGUACUCGCCUCUGAAAGAUCAGUGCGCAGAAGCGAGGAAAACGACGCUUAAUGAAGAGCUGGGGCAAGUUCAGUACAUAUUUUCGGAUAAAACUGGAACAUUGACGCAAAACAUCAUGCAGUUCAAGAUGUGUUCUAUAUCCGGGCUUGUUUAUGGAAAUCAGUCGGAGCCUUGUGACUUCGAUACUUUCAACCCAAGAUGGUAUGAUCACGAGUUUACCUUCAACGACAACAGGUUGCUCGCGGCUCUUUCCCAAAAGCAUCAAAAAGAGAAAGAGUUCUUUACUCUUCUUGCGCUGAAUCAUACUGUCAUGCCAGAGUACAAGGACGAUGGAAAUAUAGUCUACCAAGCUCAAUCACCAGACGAAGGAGCCCUAGUAAAGGCUGCCAGAUGUUUCGGUUUUGUUUUCCGAAGCCGAAGUCCGGAUACGAUCACAAUCUAUGAUGCCACGCAGGAUCAGAACAUCAUCUUCGAGCUUUUACAGAUCCUCGACUUCGACAAUGUGCGUAAACGGAUGUCUGUGAUCGUGCGGAAAAUCGAACCAGACGGGACGAAGGGUAAAAUCAUGCUCUACUGUAAAGGGGCGGAUAUGACUGUUAUGGAAAGACUGCGAGAAACGACCGAUGAAGACCUGGACGUCAUCGAACAGACAAAAGUGCAUCUUGAUGAGUUUUCUGCGGAAGGAUUGAGGACGCUUUGCUUGGCGUACAGGGAGAUAGACGAGGAGUGGUUUGACAAGUGGAAUCAGAAAUUCACCGAUGCUGCUUGCUCCAUUGACAAUCGGGAGGAAAAACUCUGCGCUUCCUACGAGGAGAUCGAGCAACAGAUGAUUCUCCUCGGCGCAACAGCCGUGGAGGAUAAGCUACAGGAAGAUGUUCCCGCGACGAUCGCGAAUUUGGGCAGGGCUGGAAUCAAGCUGUGGGUCCUCACAGGCGACAAACUGGAAACUGCGAUCAAUAUUGGCUACUCGUGCAAUUUGCUCACCGAUGACAUGCUCGACGUGUUCAUCGUCGAUGGCGAGUCUAGCCUCGAAGUCAAGAGGGAGUUGUUACGUAACUUCGAAACAUUGUGCCAGAAAUGUCAUCCAGACAACGAUUACGGCCUUGUGAUCACGGGCCAUGCGCUCGGUCACGCGCUCGAGCCAGAUGUAGAACAUGACUUGCUCAAAGUAGCGCUCAAAUGCAAGGCGGUCAUUUGCUGCAGAGUCACUCCCUUGCAAAAGGCUAAGGUUGUGCAGCUAGUGAAGAGAACGCAGGCAGCAGUGACGCUCGCGAUCGGCGACGGAGCGAACGAUGUCAGCAUGAUUAAAGAAGCACACAUUGGCGUUGGCAUCUCCGGCGAAGAAGGAACCCAAGCUGUUCUAGCGUCCGACUACUCAAUCGCCCAGUUCAAAUAUCUAGAACGCCUUCUGCUCGUGCACGGGCGCUGGUCCUACUUUCGAAUGUGUCGCUUUCUGGAUUACUUUUUCUACAAGAACUUUGCCUUCACGCUGAUUCACUUCUGGUUCGCGUUCCUGUGCGGCUUCAGUGCUGCUAAUGUGUAUGAUCAGUGGAUGAUCACGAUUUAUAAUGUUUUCUUCACCUCCUUUCCUCCCCUUUGCCUUGGUCUGCUCGACAAGGAUGUAAACGACAAAAUGUGUAUUCUUAACCCCAGUUUAUAUCGCCUUGGACAAGCACAAAAGCUGUUUAACUUGCGAAUCUUCUUGUAUAGUGUCCUCCGAGCUGUGAUCACAUCGCUAAUUCUGUUCUUCGUCCCUAUGUGUAUAUUUAUGGAAGCCACGGGCAAUGAAAAGUGGGGGAUGACUGAUAACGACUCUGACGGGAUGACCUUUGGACGGCAAGCGUUUGCCUUUCUCGUUGCAACAUGUUUAGUCGUCAUUGUCAAUCUUCAAGUGGCCCUUGACACUGCUUAUUGGACGCUGAUAAACCACUUCUUCAUCUGGGGCUCGAUUUUGCUUUACUUUGCACUGCACUUUUUCAUGUACUCAAAUGGUGUUUACGCCCUCUUCCCUUGGAUGUUUCCCUUCGUUGGUGUUGGUCGAUUUGUUAUUGACAAGCCCGUCUUCUGGCUAACCCUUUUGCUGACGAUCAUCAUUUACGUUAUUCCAGUGCUUGCUUUUCGACUCUACAAAUCGAUUACAAAGCCAACAGAUGCUGAAAAGAUUCGGGAGCAGCGUUACAAGCAGAAGCGACGAAAGCAGAAGAAACCAAUCAGCUAUAUUUCGCGACGUGGUGGAAGCCAGCGACCUGGAACCCAGCGUCCAGGCAGCUCUUAUGCUUUCUCGCAUCAGCGGGGCUUUGCCGAUCUGAUCAUGUCCGGAAGAAUGACUUCCAAGAGAAGAAGAAGUCGAUCGACGAUCAAUCAUCUCGCGCGUGCAGGUUUGAGCCUUCCCAGCUCGCCUAAACAAACAACUGUGACGUUUCAAGAGCCACAAGAAAGCGAUGCAAACCACAUCCGCGGAGAAAGACUCGUCGAAUAA